AAUGGCAACAUUAAGAACCACGGACAUUAAAUUGAAAAUAUGGUUUAGAAUGCUCAUACUUUGGUCAGUUUUCAAGCCAGAAUCAGAAACCACCAUAUUUAAAUCAUAAAUACCUAAGCCAAAAUAAGUGUCUGUAAAAAGUGCGUGUACAAUGAAAAUGUCUAUGGACAAACUUUUGUUACGUAUGUUUAAUGUAGUAAACGUUCAAAUGAUCCGAAGCUCUUUGUUGGUAAAAAGAACUAUGAAGAAAAAAAAAACUGUUGCUUCAAAAUGAUAACCAUGGAAGAACCGUGCUUCAAAACGAUGACCAUGGAACAACCAUUUUCACAGAAACAACAAAAAUUCAAAGAACAGUAAUAAGCUUACAUUAACGAUAAUCUUGGAUAUAUUAUUAUUGUUUGACAGAAUCGUUAAAUCGUCAGAGAAAGUGCUUUGAUGUCAUUGCUCCGACUCUUUAUGUACUGAAUUAAACUUUGCCCGUCAUCCCUACGGGGUCGAUAAAAUGCAGUGCGAGUCAAGUUGCGGAAUGCUGGCUUUGUUUCUAAAAUAGAAACAACUGCUAUUCUAAAUAGAAACAACUGCUAUUGUUGUUGUUGCCCACUGAGAACAGUCACGCUUCUCACAAGCCCGCUGAAAAUAUAUUUUUCUCAGGAUUGCCUUGUGAAAAAUAACAUUCCCAUUUGUUAUCAAAGUCUCAAAAAAGAAUGGCAGGGGUGGGUUGCAGAAAAUAUCGAAUGUCAUACGGACUUGUAAAAGGGAAUUCUCAAAUAAUGGAAGACAGAAGUUCACCGGGUUAUGAUCCUGCAAAUUACACGAAAGAACAUGGUCUUUUGCUGACUGGUGUUGGAGACAUAUUUCUUAGUAAUUUCGAGUGCUGAGUGCAAAAAUGAAGUCCAUUUUGCACUAUCACGUCAAGAUUUUUCAACUCAAAUGUCCAUUUUUUAGCAUCUCCAGUAUUAUUACCUUUGUUAAGGAUAGAUUUAACUUCAAAAUAUAGACCCAUGUGAGGAGCUUAACAUAACUUCGAAAAUGUAGUUUUUCAAUACCCUCUAAAGUAAAUGAAACUACAAAAAGGAAAACGAAAGUCAUGGCUUAAGUAUUUUCAUUAAAUAAAAAGCAUCAAACUUGAGCACAUUUUAAUGUUUUAAUUCUGGCUUUAUACAUUUAGAUUUUAGUAAACAACACAUUUCUGUGGCCCUUGACACCACACAUAUCUCAUAUUUGUGGAAUUUGUCUGCAGAUAUACUUGCGUUGUGCUUCAUUUAGUGUGACUAUCAGGUGAGACAUGUUUUGGUGAACAUUUAAUUAUUUCUUAUGAAAACUGGUAUUUUGAGUGCGAUCUGAAUGUGUUAAUUAUGAGGUCACAUAGCACAAGUUCACCUUUUAUCAAGCAUUGUCAAAGAACUGUAGAAAGAACUUCAUGGAAUGUAUGCCCUUUGCCAUCACAAAUUUGCAUUUGCUUACUUUAUAACUGUUGACAAUUCUGAGAAUGCUUUUCCUAGGAUGCAACUAGCUUGAAUAUAUGUUCUGUAUUUCAAAAAUAUGACCAGUUGUGAGAAAAGAAAAUACAAACCUGCCCCGGUGUCUUCUGUUAUAUUUGUGGAUGUUACACUUUACUUAGGCAAGGAAACAAAACUACACAUCUUGUGAAGAAAGCUUACUUUUCUUAGACAUGAAACUGAGCGAUCAAGGCAAAACCUGGGCACCUCAUGUGAUGUCUAAAACAUGUGUUGAAACACAUCGAGUGACUGUUACAAAUACUUAAGGAGAAGGUUUCCAGCUCUGUUUACUGAGAAAAUAAAAUUGGUGUAUUUGACGGGUUACAGAUUAGGUCGCUAUUGCAAGGCAAGCAGAUUUUGGAAAUCAUGUCUGUCGUUGAAAAAGACGCAUGGAAUACUACUGUUGCAGUUGUGUCUGAUUUUCACGGAAGCAGGAAGUCAUCAAAUUAGGAAGAACUUGUGCACACCCCAUUAGCAAGUCUUCGAGCAGUGGGUUGAAGAACUUGUGCACACCCCAUUAGCAAGUCUUCGAGCAGUGGGCUGCAGCACGAAUGUAAAAGUGUACAGACAUAUGGACGAUUUCCUUGAAAAUCUUAGUGCAAUAAGUGUUGAGGAAGAAGAAAGAUUCCAGCAAGGCAUCAAGGCAAUGAAGACUAGAUAUCAAGUCAGGUGAAAUACAAACAUGAUGUCUGAAUCGGCUGCUCUCUGCAAACAGACUGUCGUAACGCAGGUUAUUCAAGCCAAGCAGUAAACAGAAAGUUCACUCCUCGGGUAGUUGAAACUCCAGUUUGACAGAAAUAUCUAACCUAAGAUGUGUAUUUAAACAUUUUGGGUAAUAUAUCUGUUAAACAAUGAAGCAUGUUAUUUGGUUUGUGUUAGUUUCUUAUUUUCGGGUAAUAGAAAAUUUCUGGGGGCAUUUCUGACUCCAGCACUAAUCAAAUUAGGUAGGACUAAUUAGAAAAGGCAAGACAAAUACAUUUGUUUUCGAAAAGGCUCUCCAGUGUUAUCAAUAAAAUAAUAGAAGCAGCUGACUUUCGGGCAAACAAUACAAUUGUCCUUACUCAGCGAGUAAACUAUAGAGAAAUACUUGAAAUGAUAGUAGAAAACUGUAAUUUUGAAAUCAGCAUGCCAAUUAUAGUCUAAAUGAAAUGAAAAAGGAAACUCAAAUGAAAUUAUGUUGAAAAUUGUUACGCUGUGUUAUAAACCUGUGAAGUUAAACACUGAAAGCCGUCUUUGACAAUGACUGUACUUCACCGUCCAAUAUCCUUCUUGAAGAGAAUGUCCCUAAAGAAAAGAAGAUACAUCUUUGUGAUAUUAACAUGUAAUGAUCAUAAUGACAUUGCAUUGAGUGUUUACAUCAAGCACAAGAACGAGUUUCCGCCUCGAUUUACAGGACCUUCGUACACAAUCUCAGUGAAAGAGAAUUCACCACUUGGUACAGAAGUAUUUCGGGCCGCUGACUAUACCGAUGACCAAGAUUUCCAGCACUUUCUAAUCUACUCAAUGAAAGAACACAACGUUAACUCUUCGGGCGGUCUGAAAGAUAAGUUCAUGAUGGAUGAUUCCGUGAACGGUACAGUCUAUGUUGCUGGCCAUCUCGACUUCGAACUAGAAAACCAAUAUAUUUACGAUAUAAAAGUUGAGGACGGCAGUUUCAGCCAUACAGCAAAACUUAUCAUUGAUGUUGAAGACGUCGAUGACCUGGGACCUGUUUUCGACCAAAAGAAUAGCAGUUUGAGUCUGGAGUUCUCCAAAACGCUCCCAAUCUAUAUCUAUAAAAUCCAGUACAACUAUACGGGUGAAAUCACUGUUUGUCCAGAAGCUGUCAAAGCAGUCGAUGUUGAGAAAGAACAUUAUAAUGUUAAAUAUUCUCUUGAAACUGCAACGCCGUUGAUUCUAGUCAAUUAUUUCGCCAUCGAUAGUCAUACAGGCCAAAUGCGUCUGGAGAAAGAACUAACGAGGAAUGUACCUCUUCCUGGUGUUAUUAUUAUCAAGGCUGAAGACAUAUCAUCCUCAGCACAUUCGUCUAUCGCCGUUUUAUUCCUUUAUGCUGAACCCAAUCCGAAUAUACCGCCAAAACUGCGAUCACCGCCACUGCUACGACCUCGAAGAUUAAUCUCAGCAGCAUUUACAGAAGGCAUUUCCCAGGAUGUAUUUAUCGGAAUGAUGACGGUGCUGAUGUUGGCAGUCGUGUCACUGGUAGUGGCCCUCACCUACAUUAUAAUAACCUGCAGAAAAUCAAGAAAGAAGCAACAGAUGAAAAUGCGACAUUAUGCUUUUGGCGGAUAUAAAAAUGAAGUGAAGUAACAAGAAAGAGAAAUAACAUGAAAAAAAAAAUAAUAAUUGUAAUAAUAACAAUAAUGCUAAGAAAUAUAACAAUCACUCGGAAAUAUUAGAUGAUGGCUUACAUACAUAAACAUACACACACAUGCAUACACAUACACAUUUUAAAACAGGAAAACUGUACGAUGGUCGUUUCGGACUGAAUACGGAUAAUAAAGAAACUUUAGGGUUUCGUA